AUGGCUGAUGUUGCUCAUCCAGAUCUGAUGUCAUGGGAAGGCUCUUUAGAGUCAAAUGAAGGAGAACCCUGCAGUUCAAAUGAUGCAUCAGUACCAGAGGAGCUUGCUCUUCUUGCUUACAAGUAUGCAUUCAGUUUCGGGGAGCAAAAAUCUCUACAAAAAGAUGUUAUUCAAUUAAAGAAAAAAAUACGCAUAUCAUGUAAUAAACAGAUGCGUAUUAAACAAGGAUAUGUACAGAUGCAGAAAGUAACAAAGGAAAGAAAGCAAUCAGAUUUUUUAAAAAAGGAAAUCCGGGAUUUGAGCGAUCAAAUCAGUGAUAUGAAAGAUGAUUUGCAGACGCUGGACAUGUAUGAUAGUGGUGCAUUUGAUGAUGGUGAGGAUGUUAAUGAAAUCGCGAAUUCUCCAUCAGAAGACGUUUUAACUGCAGAUGCUUCUUCAGAUGGUGUGGGUAUUGAAUUAAAUACAGAAAGUACAGAAACUGUAAUAAAUAGUCGGCUUGCUAGUUUACAGAAAGAAUUGGACAAAGAAAUGAAAGUAAAAGAUGGCCUGGAGCGUUUUCUUGCUAUUGGUCAAAAUAAUCGCAAGCUUCAAGAAGAGUCAAAAAGUAUGCUCUUUGAUUCGAAAGCCAAAAUUGCAUUACUUCGUAUGCAGAUCGAAAAAAUGCAACGGCAAGAACAGGUCGAUGCAUGUUUAUCAGGUAAAACGAUACAAACUAAAACCGAAGUAAUCGUAGAUGAUCUUCUACACAGACUUCGCAAAGAAGCUGCUAUUGCUGAAGGAGCACGUAAUAUGAUCAGAAUACUUAGCAGCCAGAAAAAGAGUGAUGGUAAAAGCCUUUCACAAGCUUUUGAUAAUCAAAUGCAAUCUGAAGAAAAGCUUGAUCUGAUACGACUAGCACUAGCAAAAUAUAGUGCUUGGCUGACAAAUGAAUCACCAAAGAAGGCCGAAAUCCGUGAUGCAAUAAUGGAGUCUGAACGUUUACCUUUAACAGGUCAUCAUCACCAGCGUGGGGACGGAACAUUCACUACUGUAACAUCUGUUCCAGGAAGUCCUUCUCAGGCCGAUUUAAAGUCAGCAAGUUUACCUCGUUUAACAGUUCCAUUCAGACGGCUUUGCGCAGUACCAUCACUAGCCGUUAGCGGACGUCUUGAAAGAUUGGGGAAAUUGACAUUCAAAAAGAAUAUUCAUGUAUUUGACAUUCAAAAAGAAUAUUCAUGUAUUCAUAAAAAAUUUUUUGAUCGUUUUGGGUUAAUUGGUUGUCAAAAUUUAAUGGUUGAUAUUCCACGACGGCUACCGCGACCAGAAGUCUCGUCAAUGAUAGCAGUUGGAGGUGAUAGUUUAUCAGGUUUUUCGCAACAAAAACGUAACUCACGUGGACUUGGCCCACGAACAUCAAGGGCGAUAUCGUCUUCAGUUUGGUGUUCAUCGUCUACUUCAUCGAUAGAAUCAUCCUCAUCUGCAAAGUUAUCUCAGAAUGAUGAAGUUAUGGCAAUACUUUUAUUGGACAGUCGUGAAGUGGCUUGCACAGAUGCGCGACCAGUUUCACAACAAGCCUGGGAUCAGCACUUCAGCAUAGAUCUCGAUAGGUCAAAAGAGCUGGAAAUAGAAAUUCGGUAUCGUGAUUGGCGUUCUAUUUGUGCUUUCACUGUCGUGAAAUUGGGAGACAUUGUUGAACCAUCAGAAAGAGCUGGAAUGGUUCUUAAUCUUGAACCGCAGGGUGAUCUGUUUGCUGAGUUCAAAUACCUGAAUCCUAUUGUUAGUAGGAAGCCAAAACUUGAACGACAAAAACGUCUUUUCAAAGUAAAAGAAAGAAAAGAAAUAGCAUCUGCAAAGAAACAACUUGGUGUUGCUGCAUGGAGCCGUUUAAUGAAGCAGUUUGGAGGUUCUCAAUCAAAUGAAAAUAUUGAACCAUGUUUAAGUCCAACUUAUGGUGGUACGUAUACUGCUACAACUCACGUUUCCUCAUCACCUUCAUCAAAAACUGCUCACACGCUGCCACCACGCCUAACAACAGACCGACCUUUAACGUCGCAAAUACCACCCUCGGGUUUCUCAUCAUCAGAAAGUAGUCAUCGUUCAGCACCUCCUCCUUCCAGUUCAGUUCGUUUUGGCGAUGUUUCGGAAGUAUCGAAAAUAAAGUACCAUCAACGAAUUCAUGAACAAGCAAAGAUACCACCCGCUCCACCAGUUUCAAGAAAUCAGGCUGCUACAUCUCGCUCUGAAUCCCCUCCUCCUUUGCCGACAUCCAAGCCACCACUAUUAACGCAUUCAAAAUCAUCUCGAAUCACUUUCACUAGAUCUGGAAUCACUAUCGAAAAAUUCCGUCUCAUUUCUGUUCUCGGAAGAGGACAUUUCGGAAAAGCUAUGAUCAAAGAAUUGCUGUCCAUCUCUUUUAAUUUUAGCGUUAUUUUAAUGUUCCAAAUAUUUCAGGUUAUUCUUGCUCAGUAUAAAGGAAAUGGAGAAUACUAUGCUUUAAAGGUGUUGAAAAAGGGUGAUGUGCUCGGUCGUGAUGAAGUGGAGUCUCUCAUGGUUGAAAAGAGGAUUUUUGAGAUUGCAACGUCUCGUCGUCACCCAUUUUUGGUGAAUCUUUUCGCAUGCAUACAAUCAAAAGAGCAUGUUUUUUUCGUCAUGGAGUAUUCAAUGGGUGGCGAUUUAAUGAGACAUAUACAUGAUGAUAUUUUCACCGAAGAACGAAGUUGUUUCUAUGCAGCAUGCGUAUUGCUGGGUCUUGAAUUUUUACAUGCUAAUAAUAUAAUCUAUAGAGAUCUCAAACUAGAUAAUUUAUUGUUGGAUCGCGAGGGUUAUGUGAAAUUGGCAGAUUUUGGAUUGUGUAAAGAAGGUAUGGGACCAACCGACAGGACUUCGACAUUUUGUGGCACGCCGGAAUUUCUUGCACCUGAGGUAUUAACUGAAAGUAGCUACACUCGCGCGAUUGAUUGGUGGGGACUUGGAGUGUUGAUUUUCGAAAUGUUGGUGGGUGAACCACCGUUUUCUGGUGAAGAUGAAGAAGAGAUAUUCGAUUCUAUUGUCAACGACGAUGUCCGUUACCCACGCUUUCUUUCAAUUGAAAGCAUCUCAAUAAUGAGAAGGCUAAUGCGAAAGAAUCCGGAAAAGCGAUUAGGUGCUGGAGUGAAUGAUGCUUUAGAUGUCAAACAGCAGCGAUUUUUCAAGCAUGUGAAUUGGGAUUGGGAAAAGUUAUUGAACAAAGAAAUCAAACCGAAAUUUAUUCCACAAAUAAAAAAUCCAGAAGACGUUAGUAACUUCGAUGAAGAAUUCACGAAAGAAACACCACGAUUUUCUUCAGCGAAGGAUAAGCGACUUAUUACUGAUGCCGAUCAAAUGCUUUUCAGAGAAUUUGAUUUUUCUUUAAUUGUUUGA